GUAGGCAUGUGUAUAUUUGAGACUGUUAUAGAGAAUGUACAGCUGAAGCACUAGUCUGUCAAACAGAAGGCAGCUCUGGUGCGGGGAAACAUGCCGACCUUGUCUUUGCCGCUUUCAAACCUGCUCAGAAAUCAGGAGGGCUUUCGGAAACUCGUCGCGCACUUUAAGUAUUUGCACACUAGAAGCGGGAUAUGGACGGUCCCCACCAUCAGCACGCCGCGGAUCUCGAAAUCUGCUCUCGUGUCCCGGAGAAGAGAGGUUCCCCCGGGACAGCUGACAGCAGGGAACAUGUGCACCAGCUCCGGCGGCGACAAGACCAGCUGGCUCUGGUCUGUUUACAACGAAACCAAACAGCAAACGCUAGAUUUAAUUCCUGUCAUAUCAAACAACUUUGUGAAUCCAGACACCAUCUUUGCCAAUAACCAGAUGAGUCUGCAGGACAUCGAGAUCUAUGGAUUUGACUAUGAUUAUACACUGGCCUUCUACUCCAGUCACCUUCACACACUCAUAUUCAACAUCGCCCGAGACAUCCUCAUCGACGAGCACAGGUAUCCAGAGGGACUGAGGGAAUAUGAUUAUAUACCGAAUUUUGUGAUUCGUGGUCUGCACUAUGAUGUCCAAAAGGCCUUACUGAUGAAGAUCGAUGCCUUUCAUUAUAUCCAGCUGGGUACAGUGUACAGGGGUCUUAAUCCUGUGCCAGAAAAGGAGGUCAUUGCGAUGUACGAGGGCUCCCAUGUACCCCUCGAGAUCAUGAGUGACUUCUAUGGCAAGAGCUCUCACGGUCACACCAUGAAGCAGUUCAUGGAUAUCUUCUCGCUGCCAGAAAUGACGCUGCUGUCAUGCGUUAAUGACUACUUCAUGAAGCACAACAUCGACUAUGAGCCUGUUCAUCUUUACAAAGACGUCAAGGAGGCUAUAGGAGACGUCCACGUCAGAGGGAUUAUGUAUCGAGCGGUAGAGGCUGAUAUCGAGAAGUAUAUCUGUUACGGUGAACAGACACAUGCUGUUUUACGGAAGCUAUCUAAGAACGGCAAGAAGAUGUUUUUAAUUACAAACAGCCCUUUUGAUUUUGUAGAUCGAGGCAUGAACUAUAUAGUUGGCAAAGACUGGAGGGACCUGUUCGAUGUCGUCAUAGUGCAAGCCGACAAGCCAGGCUUUUUCAAUGACAGGAGGAAACCAUUCAGACGAGUUACUGAUAAAGGUGUGUUGCUGUGGGACAGAAUUCACCACCUUGAGAAAGGGCAGAUCUAUAAACAGGGAAACCUGUACGAGUUUUUGCGGCUUACAGGCUGGAGGGGCUCAAAGGUUUUGUACUUCGGAGAUCACAUUUACAGCGACCUUGCCGACCUGACUCUGAAACACGGUUGGAGAACAGGAGCUAUCAUUCCUGAGCUGCGUAAAGAGAUCAAAAUCAUGAAUACUGAGGAGUACGUCCACACCAUGACCUGGCUGCAGGCCCUGACCGGACUGCUGGAGCAAAUGCAGGUGCAUCGGGACCCUGCCUCACAAACGGUGAUUCAGCAGUGGAUUAAUGAAAGGGAGGAGAUGAGGUUACGGACCAAAGACAUCUUCAACGCCCAGUUUGGCAGCCUUUUCCGCACAUACCACAACCCGACCUAUUUCUCGCGCCGUCUCUCCCGCUUCGCCGACAUCUACAUGGCGUCCCUCAGCUGUCUGCUGAACUACGACCUCCAGCACACCUUCUACCCCAGACGCACUCCCCUGCAGCACGAGUCUCCCAUCUGGCCCGAGCAGACCAGCACCGGAGCCAUGAACGUCCCCUUCCAGAGCCACAGGACAACCACCGGAUCCGAGUAGAGAGGCAUGCUUUAAAAUGUACGUACCACAGAAGCGCUGCAGUUACACGUUAGGUCCCUUUCAUCAGAAUCAGCUGGAGUCUUAAAGACACACGUGUGGGUGACUCACUUCAACUUCAUAUAACGCAAUCUGUGGGUACCUUAUUUUUGAUACACUCUACUUAAGGAACUUUGUGGUGUUUUAAUGUGCCUCGUAGUGAAGGGGAGGUUUUAUUUUUGUAGUUCGUAGCCUUUCUUUCAUCGCCGGCCUUCGUAAAGAUUAUUGCUAAUAUAAGGGAGAGAAUACUUGACACUCAAGAAAGUGUAUGUAUACGUGAAAGGGUUAAAAUAUGGUUUCAAGGAGCUAAUGUAGAACAACGUCUGUUAGAACCAAAAGGGAAACACUCAGAUGGACACUAUAUUCAUUUUGAAAUUAUCAUUAAAAAGUGUUUGUUUUAAAAAGCCUUACAUACUGUGUUUAGCAAUGUAUGAUGAUUAUGUACAAUUGGCUGCAAAAGUUUGAAACCACUAGUGAUUUUUGUCCUUGUAUUAACCAGUCCAGCUGUUUGAUGAUGAUAAUAAUAAUAAUAAUAAUAAUAAUAAUAAUGUUUUUUCUGAGCACCAAAUCAGCACAUUAGAUUGAUUUCUGAAGGAUCAUGUGACACUAAAGACUGGAGUAGCUUUGGCAUCACGUCAAUAAAUUAAAAUGUAUUUAAAUUACUAAUCAGUUGUUUUAAAAAUUUUAAUAGUUUAAUAAGUAGGCAUUUUAAAAAUAGUAUCUUUUUUGUUUUCAUUAAAAACAUUAUAUGGUAUAAAAAUACAGGGAAAAGUUCAAUAAUAUGUGAAUUUGACAAAGAAUUUUUUUUAUUUAAUGUUUUUAAAAUUUCUUGGUUUAAAUUAGAUUUUGAAUUCAUUGUGGUUUCAGAUUCUUGGGCCCUUCUGUAUGUUUUUGUCGAAUGUUAACAUUGUGUAACUGUUUAGAAAUCAACAUUAUAGCUAAACAUACACCGUUGCUGUACAAUGAAAGUUUGCGUGACUGAGUCUGAGUUUAGCGAAAGACUGUAUUGUACUAUGUUUUAUUUCACGAAGUGUCUGUAGGGCAUUUCUGCUUACAUGCUAAAUAUAUAUUUUUGACUUUGUUUCAGGAUACAGAGUUUGGUAUUAUAUGAACAUUUGCAUCAUGCUUUAAAAGCGCCAGUAUUUUGGUGUAUUUUGCUUUGAUGAAACUGAGAACGCACACUAUUUUGUUUUUGUUUCUUUUUUUGUCUGCUUAGCUUUUUUUUUUUACACUGAAUGAAGUACUUCACUUUUUUGCCUUUGUCCUUUAUUUGGCUUUGUUCAAAUGGCUGUGUUAAUCCUUAUCUGAAGUGUAUUUUAUUUGGGAUAUUUAUUAUAAAUGUAAUUAAAUUGAUUCUUGCUCUGUGA